AUGCCGGUCGCGGCGCUGAUUGACGGACGUGUUCUGUGUAUGCACGGCAUGCCAUCAAUCGAGAUGACCAAAAAGGACCUGACCUUGGGAUGGAUGUUGCAUGACGCUGGCUAUACGACGAUGAACAAAUGCAUUGCCUGGAACGAGCCAUCCGAGGAAGUCGAAUUUUACGAGGCCAACUUCCGUCGCGACUGCGGCCAUCGCCUGGGCAAAAGGGCUAUCAAGGAAGCGAUGGAGAGGCUUGGCGUUCAAUUCAUCAUCCGCGGCCUGCUGCCAAUGACGAACGGCCUGCAACGAUUCUCUGACAUGCCCCUGGUGACCGUCUUCUCGUCAUCCGACUUCAAAGGCAAGGGCAACAUGGGCGCCGUGCUGAUCGUCGACCCGGAGACCCUCGGCAUCACCCCAGUCUUCCUGCCCAGCAUUAAGGACAAUAUUAAGACCCAAAAGGAAUUCGACCAGAAAUUGGCCGAAGGAUGGAAAAUCGACAAUUACAAGGUGGAACGCCCG